AAUCGGCUUUUGUAAUUACAGUUUUCUUGAAGCUAAGAGUAAUUACAUAGGAUUUUGUGUGUAAAUAUUAGUGGAAGGGUAGCCAAUUGCCCGCAGUUUGCUAGGGGUUAGUAGGGGAGGGAUUGACGUUAAAAGACAUGACGUGGGAAUGGUCUUUAUUGUUGUCCUCAGCCGCGACUCGAUGUUCAGCUGCGGGGUCGCGCUGGUUCUCUGCUUCCGGUGCAAACCAGAAACGACGGCUUUGUGUGAAGGUGAGUUACUGAAGAAAAACUAACUGUAGGAAAACUAACUGAAGAAAAACUAAAUGUAUAUUUUGGAACUGAAACUUCAUGGUUCUUCAAACAAAAAAAUAAUAUCGUGCGGCUCCCACUAAGUGACCUAACCAUGUGGAACACAGCUAAAUGUCAAUAAGAUUUUCAAUUGAAAAAUUCCAGUGAGAUUAUUUCAACUUAUUUUGAAAACAAUCAUUCUAAUAAGGAAGUUGUUUUAUGUAUUUUGUACGCUUCGAUUUUCCCACACUGCUACAACUUGUGUAGAUUUAUCCAUCGCUUGAGAAACCAUGUGCGUGCGCUUGAAGGCGUGCUCGUGUCACACGUGGAUUUAAGAAAAGUAUUCUGGAAAUUUAUUCCACCGCGGAUAUACGUGAAGCAGACCAGUUGUAAUUACGCAGAAGCAGAGGCAGCGGAGUAAAAGCAGAGGCAGCGGAGCAAAAGCAAAGGAAGCGGAGCGGAAGCAGAGGAAGCGGAGCGGAGCGGAAGCAGAGAAUUCGGACAGUUGCAGAUACGGAGUACAAGCGAGAAGUCGAAGCAGCUGAAAGGUAGCGAAGCCAAGCCCGAACAUUGACCUGGACCGUCAUUCUGGUCAACUAGGCGACCAAGUUGUGGUUUGAUUAGUCAUGGAUAAAGCCCGUCGAGAUGCGCUCAUUGACCUGACACCGGAUGCUGGAGACCAGAGCGAUUCUGACGACACAGAUUCUGAAGAAAAAAUUACUGAAAGCGAUCAUGAAACUGACAGCGAACAAAGUGAAUCGGAGACGGAGCAUGAAGGAACAUCUACCGAAGGAUUUUUCUACGGAAGAGGUUCGCAGAAGGCCAUCAAAGGAGAGGAAAAUUCGUUUAAGUGGAAGAAAACACCCUUCAAGUCCACGAAGACCAAAAAAAAGAACAUUGUGAAGUUCAAGGCGGGUUUAACCGAUGCUUCCGCGGGGAUCAGUGACGAGAUAAGUGCUUUCGAAAAAAUCUUCGAUUCUGACAUGCUGGAUGCCAUCGUGCAUUGCACGAAUUUGAUCAUUCAAGAGAAGAGACUCACGGGUAAGUUGAAAAAAUCGAAAAAAGUAAACUGACUUUAUAACUUUUUUUUUUUCUUUCAGGGAAGUAUUCACGGGACAGAGAUUGCAGCGACACCUCAAUGGCUGAAAUCCUUGCUGUAAUCGGCAUACUGUACUUGAUUGGGCUUCAGCAAUCCGGUCACACGAACGUGAUCGAUCUGUGGGCAAGUGAUGGAACCGGAAUGCCUAUUUUGAGAACAGCCAUGUGUUACAAGCGCUUCCUGUUUCUGCUGAGAUGUCUCCGUUUUGACGACAAGUCAACUCGAGUUGAACGCCGAAAAACCGACAAGCUCGCAGCGAUAAGGUUUAUCUACGACAAGUUUAUUGAGAACAGUAAGCGGAGCUACGUACCUGGUUCGUUUAUGACAAUAGACGAGAUGUUGCACGCAUGCAGAUGCCGGUGCGACUUCCUACAGUACAUGUCUGGGAAACCUGCGAAGAUUGGCAUCAAAAUGCAAGCCUUCGUCGAUGCUGUAACGUUUUACACGUGGAACUUGGAGCUGUACUGUGGUCAACAUUCCGAAGGCCCGCACAAGGUAUCAAAUUCACCUGCUGCAAUUGUGAAAAGAUUGGUUGAGCCGCUGGAAAAGUCGAACCGAAACAUCACAUUCGACAAUUGGUAUACGAGCAAAGAUUUGGCGGCCGAUCUGCUGAAAAAAGGUCUCACGUGUCUCGGAACGCUGAAAAAAAAACAAACGAGAGAUUCCACCGGAGUUCCUGGCUAACAAGUCGCGUGAACUAAAAUCAUCACUUUUCGGAUU